AUGGGUCAGAAUCAGUCUGGAAUGGGCGGUGGCCAGGAUGGCCGUGAUGAGAGGGAUAAGAAGAAGGAUAAGCCCAAGUACGAGCCUCCGCCAAAGCCAACCACCCGCGUCGGUCGCAAGAAGAGAAAGCAGGCGGGCACCAGUGCCGCUGCGAAGCUCCCCGCCAUCUACCCAUCUCAACGAUGCAAACUCCGUCUCCUGCGUAUGCAGCGCGUCCACGACCACCUACUGCUUGAGGAGGAAUACGUCGAAAACCAGGAGCGCCUGAGGAAGGCCAAGGCUGCGAAAGAUAGCAACGCCCCACCUGCUGCCGAUGACGCUGCCGACCGCAAUGCCGACGAGCGUGGCCGCGUUGACGACAUGCGAGGAAGCCCCAUGGGUGUCGGGACACUGGAAGAGAUGAUCGAUGAUGACCACGCCAUCGUGUCCAGUACCACUGGCCCCGAGUACUACGUGAGCAUCAUGAGCUUCGUCGACAAGGAUCUGCUCGAGCCCGGCGCCAGUGUUCUCCUUCAUCACAAGACCGUCAGCAUUGUCGGUGUUCUGACCGAUGACACCGACCCGGCGGUUAGCGUGAUGAAGCUCGACAAGGCCCCUACGGAGUCGUACGCGGAUAUCGGUGGUCUGGAGCAACAGAUUCAAGAAGUCCGCGAGUCGGUCGAGUUGCCCCUGCUGCAUCCCGAGCUGUACGAGGAGAUGGGUAUCAAGCCGCCCAAGGGUGUCAUUCUAUACGGUGCCCCAGGUACUGGAAAGACGCUUUUGGCCAAGGCCGUGGCAAACCAGACCUCGGCGACUUUCCUGCGUAUUGUUGGCUCCGAGUUGAUUCAGAAGUAUCUGGGUGAUGGUCCGCGGUUGGUUCGACAACUUUUCCAGGUCGCUGGAGAAAACGCACCUUCGAUCGUGUUCAUCGACGAGAUUGACGCCAUCGGAACGAAGCGUUACGAAUCCACAUCGGGCGGCGAGCGAGAAGUGCAGCGAACCAUGCUUGAGCUUCUCAACCAGCUCGACGGUUUCGAUGACCGCGGCGAUGUCAAGGUCAUCAUGGCAACCAACAAGAUCGAGACCCUGGACCCAGCCCUGAUCCGACCCGGCCGAAUUGACCGAAAGAUUCUCUUCGAGCCUCCAGACCAGAACACCAAGCGCAAGAUCUUCCACCUACACACGUCCAAGAUGAGCCUUAACGAGGACGUGGACCUGGAGGAAUUCAUUGCGCAGAAGGACGACCUCUCCGGUGCCGACAUCAAGGCCAUUUGCUCAGAGGCUGGUCUGUUGGCCCUGCGGGAGCGGCGUAUGCGUGUGCAGAUGUCCGACUUCCGUCCUGCCCGCGAACGAGUGCUCCGAACGAAGCAGGAGGGUGAGCCGGAGGGUCUGUAUCUGUAA